UUGUUUAAGGUUGCAACCUUAUAGAAACCACACCCAUGAAGUAAUAGUAUCGCAUAUGUCCUCUCUCUCUCUCGGGCGUUUCUUAGUUCCUGUCUCUGGAAAAAUGGCACCUCUUUUGGGUAAUUUCAGCUUCCAGGCCUGUUCAAAGCUUCAAUCUCACCAAUUGUUUUUCCCCUUGUUAUUGCAAGCCAAGAAGAUCUGCUGUUGCAGAGCUUAUGGAACCAACGGCCCUGUUAGAUACAUUCCCGAUAAAUACUCACAUAGAGAACAACCAUCAAAAAUGGAAAUUUCCCACCAUGAAGAAGAGAUAUUCAAAACGAAAAACUCACACUAUGAAGAUGAGAUGUCUAAUCAUAUGAGGGCUUCCAAGGAAAUAUCUGAGGAUCAUCCAUCAAAUUCAACCUUUUUGAAUCAUAUGGCUUCGCAAGAUAAAGAAGCCAUGCAUAAGGGAUCAAAUGGAGUAGAAAACCCAAUUACCACAGACAAGGCAACAAACGUAGAAAUGAGAUAUCAAGCUCAAUUUCUAACUCCUAAGAGCGUUUUAUACUCUAAAACCAAUGCAAAUGAGGAUGGCGCACAAGAUAAAAUUUUCAAGCUAGAAGUUGAUGAUACUUUUGGUGAUGGGGAUGAUGAUUUGAAUGUUAUGGAGGAUCUUGAAGACGAAUUGCCUUCUGAUGAAUUUCAAGUUCCAAAUAACGAUAAGUUAGGUGAAUCAGAAACAACAUCUGUUACGACAGAUUUGCAAGAUGCGCGAAAUGUGGCUAUUGAAGUCCUUGCAUUGAGGUCGCAUACAAUAGCUGAGCUGACAAAGAAACUACGAGGAAAGAAAAUUCCGCUUAAGCUGAUAAAUUCUGUGAUAGCUGACUUUGCAGAAAGAGGGCUGCUUAAUGACUACUCAUAUGCAGAAACAUUUUCACGAUCUAGAUGGCUGUCCAUGAGUUGGGGUCCGAGACGAAUCAGGCAGACACUUUUACAGAAGGGUGUGUCAAGAAUAGUUGCAGAUAAGGCAAUUAACCAUGUCUUCAAUGGAGAUUCAGAGGAGAAGGAUUUGUGCCAGGGCAUAUCGAAGUAUUCACUGGAUCAUCUUUUAGCCUCCACGUCCAAGCAAUGGCUUAAAGGGAAUAGUGUGCCUUUGGAAACCCGCAAAAUGAGGAUUGUAAGGUGGCUCCAGUAUCGUGGCUUCGACUGGGGUGUCACCAACUUCAUAUUGAAGCAAUUGGAGUCCAAGUAUCCUUCGUAGCCUUGGCACGAAGCGGUUCAGAAACUACUGAGGAUGUGCUUCUUAUUGAGCAGCUCUAGAAGAUGAGAGAGAGAGCAACACUAUUUUUGCCGACUCACUUAUACAGAGCAGUUUGGAGCCAUGACUCAAAUUAAUGUUUGGCCUUACAUAGAAGAAAAGAAGAUAGAAGCCACAAAAGUUUUGUUUGGAGUUGAUUGUGGAUUCUGUAAGUGCAUGUUAAUCAGAUGACUCACAGCACUUCAAUUAAAAAAAGAAAGCUAGUUAUUGUGCAAAAGUUUUGUUGGGAGUUGAUUCUGGAUUCUGCAAGUCUGUUAAUCAGAUAACUCAUCACUUACCGUGAAAUUUCCUCUCAA